UUGAUUUUUCAAGCAAAAAGUUAUAAAAUGUUUAUUUUUAAGCUAAAUAAUAUCUUACAAAUCUAGGAAAAAAUAAGAUGAAUUGUCAUCAAAUUCUAACAGGAGCUUGUAAUCCAGGAUGCAAUGCAGUAGGAUCUGUUGAAGGAAUAUCAUUUACUGCUUAUGCAUCUGGCUGUAACAUCAUUAUUUUAGCCAGUACAUUUGAAAGAGUGCAAAUAAUCCCAGGGGCGAUUUACAACUAUGUUCGAAUCACGGCAUUGGAUUGCAGCAAUGACACAGGAAAAAUUGCAGCCUCAUACGAAGAUAAAAUGUGUAUAUUUGAACCAGUUCCUUUAGCACUUACAGAGGAAGAAUACUCCACUCAUGGGCUAGAUUUCAAAUGGGUACAAACUGGUAUAUUUCAAGUAUCAUUUCAAGUGGCUUCACUGUCAUGGAACGUAGAAGGAAAUCGAUUAUUAGUUGGAGGAAAAUUUUUACAAAUUUGGAAGGAAAAGGAUUCAAGUGACUCUGAAGAUAGAAGUCCUACAAAGUCUGUCAAAUUUGAAAUUGGUGGUGGAAGUGAUACAAAGUCUCCAUGCACUGAUGAAGAUUCUGAUGAAUUAUCAUCUUGGGAAAAUAUUUGGGAGUGUCUGCCAGCUACUCCCGUUUGCCAUAUGGCAUAUAGUCCAGAUGGGACGCUUUUCGCAACUUGUGGUAAGAAUGAUCGAUUAGUCAAAAUAUGGUAUGAGCAUAAAAAAGAUUUGUUUCCACCAAAAAGCGUUGAUUAUGCACAGCCUAUGAGUUUUUGUGGAACCUCAAAUUUAGACUUUGGAUUCAUAUACAUAGCACAUCCGAGAGCAGUUACCCAUAUUUCUUGGCGAAAGACAAGUAAAAAUAUGCCUAAAGGGUCAGUAUCGAAUAUGUUAGUAACUUCGUGUCAAGACAAUAUUUGUCGUAUUUGGGUAGAAACAAUAUUGCCUGAUGAUGGUUUGGUCAACAUGAAUCAAUUUGAUCCAUUAGCUUCGCAAAACCCAAAAUUUCGGACGCACCGUCAUAAACAUCGAUUUAUGCAACGACUUAAACAUAUGAAAACAUGUUUUCAUAUCAGGAGACACGCAAAAAAUCAAGGAAUUUCAUUUGGUCCACUAUCAUCCAACAACUUUAAUCUUGGAGUUAUACCUACUUUACCAUCAACUUAUUCGGUUCACGAUUUCCAUUCGUAUGGUUAUCAUGGAACUGGUGUAACGCCUGCGCUUCAUUUUCACAUAGCAGCUUCAAUAAAUGCUGAAACUGACAUUCCUCUGGUUCCGUCAAUGCAAACAAAUGAUUCUUGCUUUCAACCUAAUUUUGUUUUGCAUUGGUUGAAUAACAAAGAAAUGCAUUUUACCAUUCAAGCAGAAAAUUUACUCCAAGAAUUGGCACGAAAAUCUGUGGAAGCAGAAGAUCAAAAUAACUUCCGCUGUACUGAUAAUGAUGGCGAUGUGAUUACCAGUUUUCAAGGAGAUCAAGUGCAAAAUGAAGACAAGAAGAAAAAAUUAAAUAAACUCAAAUCGUACUCACAAGAUGACAGUAUGAGUGACGAACAAAACUUCACAUCUCAUCGAUCACAAUCCAUUGGAGCAGGCUCUCAUGUUUCAGCUGCACAUCAAACUUUGUCAAACACUACCUCAAUUAACUCUUUAGCUAACGAAACGAAUACACAUAUUCCAGAUUCAUUAGACAUGAAAAUUGAAUGUUUAUUAAGAGAUUGGCAUCAUAGUGGUGACCUGUUAUAUUCCAUUCAUCCACUUGACGGAAGUUUUUUGAUUUGGGUAGUUGACUGGUUAGAUGAAUAUCAUCCUGGUUCUUUUAGACAGGCUCAAGUAUCAUUUUCUACUCGUAUUCCAAGUGCAGUACCCUUGGGCGAUGCUUAUUCUAUGUCGAUCGACAUACAUCUCUAUAAUUCUGCAAGCUCAGGACCUCAUUUUCGUGAUAUUGUACUGAAAAAUACAAGGGCGUAUCAACCUAAACCUAAUAACAUAAAAACAACGAAUAUCGAGGAAGCUGAAAACGGUUCAGGACUACCAAGUGUUUUAGAAGAAAGUGAUGGAGAUCAUAAAAUAGAAGAAAAAUCUAGACACGUUAAAGAACCUUGUGAGGACAAAGCAAAAUUUACCGAGAUGCAAACAGAUGACGAGAAAAUGUUUCCUUUAACGAUGACAUCGCAUACUCCAAUCGUAUCGAUGGUAACUAAUCAUUCAAAUGGAACAUUGAAUUUAUGGCAGUUAACCUUUUCGGAUAAAAGCAAAUUUUCUCAAGUACUAAGCAUUGGUCAUGUUAAUAGAAUAUCAGGACAUCGUUUUCGGGUUAACGAUAUUACAUGUCAUCCUGUGUUACCGCUUUUGUUAACAACAUCUCAUCACAAUAUUCCAGAAUUAAAAAAUAAAUCCAAUACAGCAGAUGAAUCGAUUAAUAGCAAUUUUGAUGGAUCUAGUGAUAUAAGUGGUUUUUGUUCCGAAUUAAUUUUAUGGCGUGUCGAUUCAGUGGGACCUCUAUCGCAAUCCGGUGGUGUUAGUGAGCUUGCUAGAAUUAAUUCCCCUGCGUUGUCUGCAUUUAGCAAUGUAGCUUGGAUUCCAACACUGCUUCCCAGUACCACACUAGGUCGUUUGAGCAAUUCACCAUCAGCUUGCUUCGUAGCAUCGGAUGGAAAAAGUUUGUGCGUUUAUCAAGCUGUAAUAGAUGCUAGAACUUUACUAGCAGAAAUAUCGACCUCUGAGCAAAAAACUAGAAGAACGUUUUCACUUGAAUCAAUUUCUUCAGAAUCUUCGUCAUUCGAUAGAGAAGUUUUCAAUGAUAUCCACAAGAAAAUUAAAAUUGUAUCACAACAAAGUACUGCACGCCCUGGAUGUAUCAUUAAACUGGAUACAAUUGAUGAUGCUAUUCACGAUUGGCAAAACACCCAAUUUUUACAUGUAUUUCAAGAACAAUUAAUUACUGGCAAAAAAACUGAAAAAACUACGCAUUUAAAUGAAGUUCCUGUCGGUCUAAUAAAUUCAAAAAUGGAAGCCAUGGUAGAUCUACAGCGAGAUGUUAUGUUUGAAGAACCUUUUUAUAUAGUCAUUCUAGAAAAAACUCAAGAUGGCACCACGAUCCAUAUGUGGCGUUUAGUAAUCGCUUCACAUUCAUCUACAAACAAUGAUAUUACAGAUAGUAUGUUAUACGUUCCUGAUAGUAACAUAACACAAGACUUAGAAGAAUGCGAAACAUUUCAUAAAGACUCAGCAGGUGUUCCUACAAAUAGUGAAAUCAAAAAUGAUGAGUUGGUUGAAACCCCACACGUUCAUAUCUCAACUACAAAAGUAUGCACUCAAAUCUUACCAUUACAAGAAAAAGUGGAAGUCGUUCAUGCAGCUCCAGCAGCAGGCCAUUUGAGCUCAUCAUCAAUAUAUCCCGCUUGUUUCGCACCUUACUUAAUUGUUACUGCUUGUUCAGAUUCGUCUGUUCGUUUUUGGAAGUGCAAUGUGACUUCAACCCAAGAGAUAAAUAAUGAAAAUGUGCCGUGUUAUGAAUGGAAAGAGUGGGAAAUGAUUCGACGUAACCACGAGUCUACAAUAGACAUAAAUGGCCAACUUCUGCACGUGAGUGCUGCUUACUCUGGCCGUAUUGCUUGUGCGUACAAAUAUGGCAAAUCAUUUACACGCACAAUGAAAUGUGAUCCUGAUCAACGCUUUGUAAAUCUUUGUGUAGCAAUUUAUGAGUGCGAAAGCACUGGAGGAAGUGAGUGGGUACUAGAAGAUACUAUAAAUCUAAAAAAUAUUCAUCUACCCCAAAUUGACAUUAAUUCAAGAAUAGAUUAUAGUCAUUUUCAAAAUAACAAAAAAAUGCUAAAUAAGCAACUUGUCGAACAAAUAUUUCAUUUCGAAAAUGUCAAAGACAAUACAUAUGAAAGGUCGGAAAAUGCAUUGAUAGGUGUACCAAGUUUCAGUACAUUGCAGUCAUUAAGAAAAAGUAUAAGUGAGCAUGGCAACACAUGUCCAAUAACACAAAAACAUUUAGUGCAACUCGAUUGGGUCUCUAAAGAAGAUGGAUCACAUAUCUUAACUGUAGCAGUUGGAAGUAAAAUCAUGUUAUAUACUCCAGUGUCGAGUGAUUUGGCUCAAGCUAACAUGAAAGCAAUGAAAGAAAGCAUGUCUACUAAUAGACCAAUUUUAAGAAAAGCAUCCAGUUUAGCUCAGCCACAUUUUAAUGAUGAAAUUCGUUGGAUGAAGCUAAGACAGAUCGACUUAACAACAGCUGACGGACUUCCUCCCCUGCCGAUGCAAAUAUCAUGGGUUAGAGAUGGAAUUUUCGUUGCUGGUAUGGAUAGUGAAAUGCAUGUUUACUCUCAAUGGAAACACCAAGGUCCAAAUGUGAAUCAUUGUGAAAAUGAUGAAUCAAAUGAUAAACGAUGUUUACGCGAUGAAGACUUGAGAUCGCUUGCGCAUGAAAAUACACAAAUGCGUUUAACGAAUGUGUCUUCGGUGUCAAAACUAAACAAAUUCAGCUCUAUAAAUUUACAAAUGUUAGACAAAAAAAGAAAACCUUGUGGAACGGGAGAUCUGUCAAAUAAUUCAGAAAAUAUAAAUCCAGAUUACAUGGUAGAUUUUGGACUGUUCGAAGCAGCUCGAAUAGCUUGCCCUGUUUUACCUCAAUACCACCCAAAACAACUUAUGGAAUUGCUAAAUUCAGGAAAAAUACGUUGGGUUAAAGCUAUUUUAGCUCAUUUAGUAAGAUGUAUUAAUAGCUCAUACACAACUAAACCAAAUAAGGAUGAAAGCUCGAGAAAUAACACACACAAAACUUGGUCAAGAUCUCGUACACUCAGCGUUAGUUACAUAGGAGGUAACUCUAGUCCGUUAGGAGAACCUCGUGGCUCAACAACACAAAUGCCAGAAGAACUGACAUUGGAUUAUGCAGAAAUUGCAUCUAUACCUCCUUUACCUUUAUGGAUUCUCUUAGCAGCUGACAAAGAAACAGUUAUGAGCAAUCAGAAAAUUGAAGUAAAAAAGGAGUAUGACGAUUUAUUUGAUACUACGGUCGAGGAUGAAUCUUUAGAUGAAUUAUUGAGAAGAGACACUGAUUCUCCAUCACGAUUUGAUAGACGGCAAUCUAUUCCAGAAAAACAAGGUUUAUCACAUUUUGGACCUCGUCAGGGACAGUUGUUGUCACGAUUGUUAACACACACACAUUUGCCCGGAUUAUCAUCUCUUGAUCAAAUGCAUUUAUUGGCGCUGGCAGAUACUGUAUCAACAUGUAACACAGAUUUCGCGGAACGAUUUGCAAAUGAUGCAGCGAAAACGGCAUUGGCAAAAGAGAACUACAGUGGAAAUGAAGAAAAUAUCUCAACAGAUUCACUUGAUGAUUGUGGAUUACGUUUCUUGCUUGCAAUGAAACAUUACAAUUAUUUAUUGCGAUGUUUGCCAUUGUCUCAACGAAAUAUGUUUCAAAAACAAGGUGUUGGUACUUCUAAUAUUGUUUGGGCGUUCCAUUCUGAAAGUGAAGAAGAGCUGCUCAACCUGAUACCAUCGUAUUCAAAAAAUCAAUGCAAAUGGAGUACACUUCGAGAAUUAGGAGUAGGUUACUGGUUACGUAAUAUCACUAUUCUUAGACAAUGUUUCGAACGUCUUGCCAAAGCAGCUUACCAAAGUAAACAAGAUCCCUUGGAUGCAGCAUUGUAUUAUUUUGCAAUGAAAAAAAAAUCUGUUGUUUAUGGCUUAUUUAAAUCAAAAAGAGAUGAAAAAAUGACUGCAUUUUUUUCGAAUAAUUUUUCUGAAGACAGAUGGCGAAAGGCAGCUCUUAAAAAUGCUUAUGCUCUCCUAGGCAAACAACGAUUUGAACAUGCUGUUGCAUUUUUCCUUCUAGCAAAUUCUUUAAACGAUGCAUUGGAGGUUUGCUUGACAAAAUUAGAGGACUUACAAUUGGCUUUAGUUAUUACAAAACUAUAUGAAGGAGAACAUGGCAGUGUUUUGUUACCUACUUAUAAAAAAAUAAUUUAUCAAGAAAUUUUAGGAUGUGAUAAAGAUGGCAAUAAUCAAGAUUUAGACCGUAUGCAUCCAGAUCCAUUUCUUCGUUCAAUGUGUUAUUGGAUUCUGAAAGACUACUCAGAAAGUUUGAGCACUUUAUUACAAAAUGGUGUUGGACAUUUACAUCCCGCAUUCGAUGAUAAUGAUUUUUUUUAUAAAACUGACUCUGCAAAUACAACAAAUCCAAAUGUGUUUAAUUUUUAUGUGUAUUUACGUACACAUCCUUUAUUAAUUCGUCAAUAUAUAGCAUCGACAGCUCAAGAGAAAAGAAGGACUCAAGUAAUUUUAGCCGGAUUCAGUUAUGGAACAGAUCAAAAUACUAGAGAAAACAAAAAAAGAGCGGAUAAACAACUUUUACUAGAGGACACUAUUACACCUUUGGAAAGACAAUUAUAUUUUACAACGGCUCACGGACAUUUUAAAGCUGGAUGUCCAGCACUCGCUCUUGAAGUAUUAAAUAAGCUUCCGAACAAAGUCGUUGAUCAUGAGGUAGACAGUUUAAGUGGUUAUUCUGACGAUAAAGAUAACCUUAGUAAUCAAAUUAAUACCGGUAUUAUUGAAUGGGGUGAUGAUGACAAUUCCAUGAAUACUAAAAAUGUAAAAUCUUUAAAUACAGGAAUUAUUGAUUGGAGUAACCCAGUUUGUACUCAUAAUACGGAUAGUGAUUUUAAAAUUGAAUGGGAUGAUGAUUCAAACGAUGAAGGUGAAAAAUCAGAAAACUUAUCCAUUGCUAACGAAGGAGAAAAACAUACUUCUGUUGAAACUGUUAAGAAACAUGGAAGCUCUGGAAAUAAUUUGGACAUAAUGGCCCAACAACUUAAAUUUAUUGCAUGUUUAAAAAUUUUGAUGGAGGAGUUAUCCACUUUAGCAACAGGUUAUGAAGUAGAUGGAGGACAACUUAGAUAUCAAUUAUACGUAUGGUUAGAAAAAGAAGUAGAUGCACUAAAACAACUUUGUAACUAUAGUAAUUCCAAUGUUGAUCUUUCUGACGAAAGUCAAAACCCAAAUAUUGAUAGUAUGGUAAAUGAAUUCGAUACACCUAUAUUACAUAAUAAACUUGGACAUGAAAAACCAACUCUUCACGAAAUCCUAUUACAAGAAAAACAGGAUUUUGAAGCAAAAGUCGAAAGAGCUGCAAAAAGAAAACGAUGGCUGAAAACGAACGAAACACUUUUACGAACGUUAUUGAGCUACUGCAGUUUACAUGGUGCUUCAGGUGGUGGUCUUGCAUCUGUUCGUAUGGAAUUAAUAUUAUUACUACAAGAACUACAGCAAGAAAAGACUCAACAACAAUUACUUAGCCCUUUGCCGUUUCCAACAACACUACCAUUAUUGAGUGCUUGUGUUGCUGGAAAUAAAACAGUUAUUGCAGAUCCAAUUCGAGCCCUACAGGCUCAUACUCAUGACAUGUUACAAACAAUAUUGAACUUACGGACACCUACGCCAUGGCUAAAAACGAUAUCAGAAAUAUAUGUAUUACAAAACUUGGCAGUUGCAUUAUCUGCGUGUAUAUACCAAAGUUUAUGUGACUCUGAUACUUUCAGUGUAAAACCAGUGUCAUAUGAUGCUCAUCAUAGCCCUGGAAUGGAUAAUUUAGCAAAACUUAAUGCUAAUUGUCAAAUAACUCAUUUAAUGUCUAAUGCAGGCAUCUAUAAAAGGCGUCGAAAAUAUUCAACCGAUGAUCCAUUAGUUAUAUGUACAGCUCCGUCCAAGUGGCCUGGUGUAACGAACUUACGAGCAUUACUUGCCCGUGAAAAAGAUGAUGAUGUUCCACGACUUAAUGUUUUACUUUGUGAAUCGUUUGUAGCAACAUACAUGGCAUUAUUAGUUUGUGCUUUAUCAUCAUGUGAUUGUCACACUUUGUAUCGUAUGUGUGCUCAUCAAUUUACGGAUGCCACAUGGGCUUCUUUGUUCGGUGGUGGUGUUAAAAAACUGUUACGUCAACCUACAUCCCAUGCUCAGGCAGCCCAACAAGUUGUUCAAUCACAAAUACAACAAGAAAGCUUAGAUAAUAAUAAUCCAGAAAGUGGAAUGUGGAACACAGUGACGUCUCUUACAAUGCAACGUGUUAAACUUAAUAUGAAACUUUUGGGAAAUUUCAAUGGUAAUCAAGCGGCAACAUCAAUGAAGGAAGAUAAACCAACAUACAGAGAGCAAUUUUUACCACCAGACUCUUCGAUGCUUUCAUAUUUGAUGAUGAAACCAACAAUAACUGAAGAUUCGAAUGAAGAUGGAUAUGAUACCUCAAACAGCACUGAGUCAGAUGAAGAUUUAGAUGAUGAGGAAGAAGAGGUAUUUUCUGGUAAAAUUAUUACUACGAAUACGAAAAAAGAUUUAAAAGAGAAUUCAGAGCAUUACAAUCCCAAUUCAUUAUCAUGGGCCAUAAUGCGAUUAGCAAUAAUCAAGAUUACACAAAUUCAACUACAAACGUUUAUAAACAUAGCUGGAAUAGAAAUGCAAGAAUUGCCCGUUGCAAGUCCACUCGUACAUUCAAUUUUAAGAUCUUUAUCAAAAUGGCAAGAUAUUUUAAAAAAAGAUUUGGAAAAUAAAAGUCCCGCACCAAUUGAUUUUAUUCCUGGAAUUUUUGUGGAAACUAACGCUAUCGGUCCUGCUAUACACAAGUACAGGACGUUAUUGGAAAAAAGAAAUACUCCCUUUAAAGGAAAUGCAUCUGGCCCAGCAAAGAGACUUUGGAACUUUUUGGUCAAACAGGAGGCAGUUCAAGAUAUUUUUGUUAGAGCAAUUUUUGGAAAAAGGAAAACAUUAAUUUCAAACACAGAUACCGUUCCUGGUACUACAAUCUUUGAGACCACCACCAAUGAUUCAUCAGUCUCAUCAAUUUCACAGAAUCAUAAUAGUUUAAAUACUGUCGAACCUGUAAGAAUAAUUCAUAAAGAUCAAGAGUCAAUUUCGGCAUUUUGUGCAAACCCAACGAAUCCUGGUUUAUUAGCACUUGCUACACCUCGUGAACUGCAAGAAAUUGAUGUAACUUUACUUCUUACCUCACCAAAUUGGUUCGAAGAUGAAUGUGAAUUAGAUAUAAUGAAUUUGAACAGAGAUAUUGAUCAAAUACCUGCGAGCAGUUUUCUUGUGGUUCAAACUACAUCUGAUAAAACUCAAAUAAAUGCACAAUCAUCAACUCAAUAUGGAGUUCAACCAACAAUUCAACCUGGAUUAGCUGGCCAAUCUGGAAGAGGAUCUUCAUUGGGAAAAGGAGUAUCAUUUCCAGGAAGUCAUUGUCCUCAUUUUGUUAAACUGGUCAUAAAUCGAUCAAAAUACUUGUUGAAACCGGUUAUAAAACAUAAAGUAGACAACAUUAAAAGAAUGUGUGCACAUCCACUUAUGCCACUAUAUAUAACAGGAGGACAAGAUGGAUCUGUCCAGAUGUGGGAGUGGGGACAUCAACAAGCUGUAUGUAUUCCACGGCCACCUGGGACAUUUGCUAAAGUAACAAGGUGUAGAUUUUCUCAACAUGGAAAUAAAUUUGGUGUGGCUGAUGGUGAUGGAAAUUUAAGUUUAUGGCAAGCUAGUUUAGCAUCGCAGUGCAAUAGAUCGUUUUUUAGCUAUCAAUGUCAUACAAAGUUGUUGAGUGAUUUCGUAUUUCUUGGUUCAUGCAGUUUGGUGGCUACAGCCGGACAUAGCUCAGAAAACAAAAAUGUUUGCAUUUGGGACACUCUGCUGCCACAAAAAAAAUCACUUAUAACAACAUUUACUUGUCAUGAACAAGGAGCAUCGGCCUUAGCAUACGCUCCUCAACAUCAACUUUUAAUUACAACGGGGAAAAAAGGAGAUGUUUGUUUAUUUGAUAUGCGCCAAAGAGUUCUAAGGCAUCGAUUUCAGGCACAUGAUGGCUCUAUAAAAUGUAUUGCACUUGAUCCUCAUGAAGAGUUUUUCGUCACAGGAUCCGCUGACGGAGAUAUUAAGGUAUGGGGCCUGUCUGUACAUUCCCAACUUUAUUGUUUUAUUGGCGAACACGCUCGUAGUAGUUUCUUUAAGAAUAUUGGACAAGGAGUAACACAACUUCAUAUUGACCAAGUAGGACGUUUAUUAUCUUGUGGUGCUGAUGGUUCCAUGAAAGUUAGACAAUUGCCUGACAGAGAAUCAGUAAUACAUACAAUUUACUAAAUAACAAUUAUUUACCUUGUUUCAAUUAAUUUGCAAAAUUUAUCGUUAUUUAAAAUACAAUUUUUCAAAUAUGUUUAUUUUUUUGAAAUAUGCAAAUAAGACCUAACAAAAAAUAAUUAGAUAUUUAUCUAAAGUACUCUUCGUAUUAAAAAAAAAGACUAAUAGAUUUAGACUUUUUCAUUUUAAAAAGAUUUUAAAGUCAUGUUAUAAAAUAAAAAAAAAAAAAACUUAAAAACAUAAUAAGAUAUGUAUCCAAUGUUGGUAUGCAAAAUUAAAACAUUUUUUUGUAAUAUCUAAUAUCGAUAUUUAUGUAAUAUUUAUGUAAUUAUAAUUUCAAUUUUUCAUUCAUAAAAAUUUCUUAAAUUGCUUAAAACUUUAUCAAAAAUUAAAACUAAAUUCUUGAGCAGUUAAACUUCUGGUCCUUCCAAUGGCCGGUAUGUCUGCUUACAUAAAUUCAUAAGUUGAAUUAAUAUGCAUCAAACUAUUAGUCAAAUUUUACUUACCUAUUUAUUAUUAAAAUUAGUACAUGCUUCAACGUUAGAGUGAAUCAACAAUGUUUCAUGGGAAAUUCUCGUUCGAAAUAGCAGGCUUGUAUGAUUUAAAUCAAAAUCAAAAAUAAAAAAAAAUGAUUUGAUUUUUUUUAAUGACAAAUCAAAUCAUGAUUUGAUUUUUGAUUUGAUUUGCAAAUCAAUCAAAAAUUUUUCUAAACUGAAAUUUUUUUGAUUUGAUUUGAUUUAAAAAUUGAUUUAAAUCAAAAAAAAAAUCAAAUUAAAUCAAAAAAAUUUCAGUUUUGUGAAAAUGUUUGAAAUUUUCUUUGAUUCGAUUUUUUUUAUUUAAAUCAAUUUUCAAAUCAAAUCAAAAAAAAUCAAAUCAAAUCAAAAAUCAAAUCUUUUUUGAUUUGAUUUGAUGCAUCGAAAAAAUCAAAUCAUGAUUUGAUUUUCAAAUCUUAGAUUUAAAUCAUACAAGCCUGCGAAAUAGUAUUUGAAAAAUGAAAAGUUACUUAAUUAUUAUCAGAAAAUUAUUUAUUCAUAAAUUGCUUAAUAU